UCACCACCACCACUACCACCACUUACUACUCUCCUCCUCAUGUGAAAUCCGCCCAGUCGGUGAAACGGUCGGGACCUCAAUUGCCUUUUAUUGACGCAACACCAACGACCAACCUACUUUUAACAGACGAAACCCCCGUCUCGUUCGGCCCAAACCCCCGAACCACCAACCCCCCUGCAACUGAACUCCCCAAAUUGCCAUUAUUUAACAAUGGUGAACUCCGACCCUGAGCACCCCCCCGGCGAGCCCGCUCCCGAGAUCUUGGAGGAGCGCAUCUGGAUCGAUGGCUGCUUCGACUUUUUCCACCACGGCCAUGCCGGAGCCAUCGUGCAAGCCCGCCAGCUGGGCAGCGAGCUGUACAUCGGCGUUCACUCCGACGAGUCCAUCCUUGAGAACAAGGGCCCGACAGUCAUGAACCUGCAAGAACGCCUGGCCGCCGUCGACGCCUGCCGCUGGGUCACAAAGUCCGUCGGCCGGGCCCCCUACGUCACGCAGCUCGAGUGGAUUAGCCACUACGGCUGCAAGUACGUCGUGCACGGCGACGACAUCACCUCGGACGCCGACGGCUACGACUGCUACCGCUUCGUCAAGGAGGCCGGCCGCUUCAAGGUUGUCAAGCGCACCCCGAGCAUCUCCACCACCGACCUCGUCGGCCGCAUGCUCCUGUGCACAAAGACCCACUUCAUCAAGUCCCUCGAGCGCCAGCUGGCCGGCGAGGAGGGCGAGGGCACCUCCCAGGCCGAGAUCAAGGCCAACGCCGACGCCAUGACCGAGCGCAUGAAGCUGUACGCCACCGACGAGACGGGCAAGAACCCCGGCGUCGAGGUCUGGUUCUGGUCCGCGCCCGACGAGGCCAAGGCCGAGGCCGCCAGCGAGGAGAAGGGCGACUUCCGACGCUUCUUGCCGGGCAAGGGCCCGAAGCUCGGCCAGCGCGUCGUCUAUGUCGACGGCGGCUUCGACCUGUUCUCGAGCGGGCACAUUGAGUUCCUCCGCCGCGUCGUCGAGGCCGAGGAGGAGCAGGCCCGCAAGGAGGGGUGGUACUCGGAGCAGGCCGUAAACGAGCGCGUCGGCAAGGGCGGCGACUACCCGCCCGCCUACGUCGUGGCCGGCAUCCACUCGGAUGAGGAGAUCAACCACUGGAAGGGCAUCAACUACCCCAUCAUGAACAUUUACGAGCGUGGGCUGUGCGUGUUGCAGUGCAGGUACAUUGAUGCCGUCGUCUUCGGCGCGCCCUUCUCGCCAACAAGGGCUUACCUCACGGCGCUGCCUUGGGGCACCCCGGAUGCCGUGUACCACGGCCCCACGUCCUUCAUGCCGCUGACGUACGACCCGUACACGGCGCCCAAGGAGAUGGGCAUCAUGCGCGAGGUGGGCGAGCACGAGUUCGCCAGCGUCAACGCCGGCACCAUUGUGCAGCGCAUCAUGAAGAGCCGCGACAUGUAUGAGGAGCGGCAGCGCAAGAAGGGCAUCAAGGCUGAGGGGGAGACGGCGGCGCGGGACCGCGAGAUGCUCGAGGAGGAGCAAGCAAGGCGGGAGGCCGAAAGGGCGCGCAAAUAACGAGGGGCGCAAGGAGACGGGACGGGGGCGGCUUUUUAUUUCGUUCGGGGGCUGCGGGGAUCGAGUCGUAUUUUCGAGUCGCGCAGGGCGAUAUCAUGUUUAAUAUGGAUACCUUUUGUGAGCAUACCUCAUUCACUACUUGAGGGCCAGGUGCUGGUUGGCCUUCAACAGGCCCGAGGGGAGCCCAAGCGAAGGAGGGACACCCGCAUCAGACGAUGCGGCGGGGAAUCGGAAUAGCAACGACACAUACCAUUCUUAUCUGCUGGCUUUCGCGUAUCACGGCUGGGAAUGUUUGCGCUCGCGUACAUGUCUCGGUAUAAUUAAACGCAGCGACUGCAGGCUCAGGAACGGCUAGCAUCAAGCACGCGCGCAGGCACAAGUACCCCG